CGAACGCAGCGCAAGAUGGCGUCCAACCCCAACUAUUCGUUGCUGCAGGAUCUCAAGGCACUGUGGGAAAAGGCGCGUCAAAAACGCCUUGCACGCGCGGAGCGCCAGCCCAUUAUCAAUCGAAUGCUCGAGCUGAGCCUCGGCUCUCUGCAUAGCAUUAUCUUCCAGCACGAUGCCGCUCGUAUUGUGCAGUGCAUGAUUCGUUACGGCUCGGCAGAGCAGCGCGAGAAAAUUCAUGCCGAACUGGUGGACCACACUCUGGACUUGUGCCGCAGCAAGUAUUCGCGCCACAUUGUUCCCAAGCUGCUGCAAUUUGGCACCCGUGCCCAGCGUGCGGCCAUCAUUCGCCAGUUUUACGGACACGUCCGCAAGCUCAUCCGCCAAAGGAUUGCCUCCACUGUUCUGGCUUCGGCUUUUAUCGACUACGCCACGGCGCCAGAACGCAAGGCGCUGUUGGCUGAGUUCUAUGGCCCUCAGUUUGCCCUGUUCAAGGACGAUGCUGCCCAAGACGUGAUGCAGAUUGUGGCUGAUCAGCCAACCAAAAAGCCCUACAUUCUGCGCCACAUGAAGCAAACUCUUCUGCCCAUGCUGGAGAAGGGACUCUGCUCCCAUCUCAUUUUGCACCGGGCGCUCCUCCAAUAUCUCCAGUUGGCCGAUGGUACCGAGCGGGCCGAAAUGAUUGACAAUGUCAAGGAGCUUCUUGUGGAAAUGCUUCACACACAAGAUGGUGCACGUUUGACCAUUUUCUGCCUCGAGCACACGUCGGCCAAGGACCGCAAGGUCAUUGUUCGCUCUUUCAAGCCCUACGUUAUCAAAAUCUGCAUGGAGGAGUAUGGUUAUCUGGCCUUGCUGGCGGCGUUGGACGUGGUGGACGACACGGUGUUGCUGCGCAAGAUGAUCUUGUCCGAGAUGGAGGGCAGCAUUCUCGAGAUUGCCCAGGACAUGUACGGCCGACGCGUCUUGUUUUACCUCAGCUCCCACCGUGACAAGCUGUACCUUUCUCCCCAGCUUUACCAGUCGUUGGAGGCGCUCGAUGCCAACGAGCACACGAAAAAGCCCAUGGACACGCGGCGUCAAGAACUGUUGGCUGCCGCCUCGCCCAUGCUGCUCAACUUGGUGGCUGAACAUGCGGCUGAACUGUGUCGGGAGGGACAAACAGCGCUGUUGGUCAAGGCCAUUUUGACCAACUGCGUCGGCGAUCCGACUGCCGCGUACGAGGCCAUU